UUCCCCAAACCUGCUCCCCUCCCCGGUCGCCGCCGACGUCGGAGCGCAAAACAAGGCGAAGUAACAAGCAGGGGAGCGAUGCAGGUGCGGGGGAAGGCGAGCAAGGAAUCCGGAGCCCCCGCGGCGUUCUAACCGCAAGGUCCUUGCGCUCAUUUGGCCAGUCGCUCUCUCGGUUACCUAGGAUGAGUAACUGCAGCAGUCGCGCCCUGACCCUGCUGUCUAGUGUUUUUGGAGCGUGCGGGCUGCUCCUGGUGGGCAUUGCUGUCAGUACUGACUAUUGGCUGUUCAUGGAGGAAGGGAUUGUAUUUCCGCAAAACCAGACCACGGAAAUAGUCAUGGCACUCCAUGCUGGCCUCUGGAGGGUUUGCUUCUUUGCAGGUCAGAAAAAAGGCAGCUGUGUGGCUUCCGAGUACUUCCUUGAGCCAAGGCCUGACCCUGAUCCCGAAGGGCCCCUUGUUACGGAGAACACAGAAAAUAUCCUCAAGACCAUUCGCACAGCCACCCCCUUUCCCAUGGUCAGCCUCUUCCUGGUCUUCACAGCCUUUGUCAUUAGCAAUAUUGGACACAUCCGCCCACAGAGAACCAUCCUGGCUUUCGUUUCAGGCAUCUUCUUCAUCCUUUCUGGGCUGUCCCUGGUGGUGGGCUUGGUCCUGUACAUCUCCAGCAUCAAUGACGAAGUGAUGAACCGUCCCAGUGGCUCGGAGCAGUAUUUCCAGUAUCGCUAUGGAUGGUCCUUUGCAUUUGCUGCCUCUUCUUUCUUGCUCAAAGAGGGUGCAGGUGUGAUGUCCGUCUACCUCUUCACCAAACGUUACGCCGAAGAGGAAAUGUAUCGCCCGCACCCAGCCUUCUACCGUCCACGCCUGAGCGACUGUUCUGAUUACUCAGGCCAGUUCUUGCACCCUGAAGUGUGGCACCGUGGGCGCAGCCCCUCUGACAUCUCCAGUGAUGUUUCCAUCCAGAUGACUCAGAACUACCCACCAGCCAUCAAGUACCCUGAACAUAUGCACAUAUCAACAUCACCUUGCUAG